CCGGAAACGACUACUUCCGUGUUGCAUCUGUGUUCACUUGUGAUUGGAAGCGAGAAGUAACUCUCGCACUUGAACCAAUAUGAGCUUGUUGUAGUCCGACUCUGUUGAUUUGACGAACAUUUCGGUGGUCAAUGUCCUCGAAACUGCGCAAAAAACAAAUAGUCACGCACGCGGGCGAAAGCUGACGAGCUCCGCGGCGAAGUUGCCGUGAGAAAUAGUGAAUCAGUCAGCAUCCUUCAAGGCGUCGGACAAGUGUCACUUGUUCCAAAAUGGACUGCAUAUUUGAAAUACUUGAAGCUUUAGUGUUCUUGGCGAUUGUGGCUGUAAUUGUGUUUGUGAUGGUGGCGCACGUGACGGCAAGCGCGGCGAACCUGAAGCGGGACGAAAAGGAGAAACGCUUCGUCACCUCGAGUGGCGUUGAGGAGCUUUUCCCCAGUCUACACGACCCACCUUCCGUGGAACUCUCCGUGAUUGUGCCCUCCUACAAUGAGGAACUGCGGCUCCCUGUAAUGCUGGAUGAAGCCAUGGACUAUUUGGAAAACAGGCUGAAACGACAAGCUUCCUUCACCUACGAGGUCAUUGUGGUGGAUGACGGCAGCAAAGACAAAACCACACAAGUGGCGUUGCAGUACACCAAGAAGUACAGCGCAGCGAAAGUGCGGGUUCUGACGCUGGUGAAGAACCGGGGAAAAGGCGGCGCAGUGCGCUUGGGAACGCUGAGCUCCAGGGGCCGCCUAAUUCUUAUGGCAGACGCCGACGGCGCCACAAAGUUCGCCGACAUCGAAAAAGUGGAAGCAGCCCUAAAAGACCUCAGUUCCAAACAGGGCGACGUGGCCAUCUCGUGCGGUUCCCGGGCUCAUCUGCAGGAGGAUGCCGUCGCCAAGCGCUCCUUUUUCCGCAACUUCCUGAUGUGCGGCUUCCACUUCCUGGUGUGGUUCUUGUGCGUGCGCGGCGUGCGUGACACGCAGUGCGGCUUCAAGCUUUUCACGCGCGAGGCGGCGCUGCUCACCUUCCCCUCGCUCCACGUGGAACGCUGGGCUUUUGACGUGGAGCUUUUAUACAUAGCUCAAUGCUUGAACAUCCCCAUCGCCGAGGUGGCCGUCAACUGGACUGAAAUAGGAGGCUCCAAGCUGGUUCCGUUCUGGAGCUGGCUCCAGAUGGGCCGAGACUUGAUCUUCAUCCGCCUGCGCUACCUGACGGGCGCCUGGAAACUGCACCCGGCCGUCAAGAGCCACUAGCCAAUCCGUUGAGGGACCACCGCCACUUCCUCCCCAAGCAGAGACAGAAGGCGGGUCCAUUUUUCUUUUUUUUUAUACAAAACAUUUGUAAGAAAGGAGCUGCCUGUGCUUACCUUAUGACAAACUGUGGUGCUGCGGAGAACGUUCCGGUACAUGGACCUUAGGCCGGAUAGCAACAGAACGCUCAAAGAGCUUUCCAAUUGCGCGAGCCGCCAUUUAUGGUGCCAAUUUGUUUUUUGGCCAGACACCAUGGCUUAUUCUUGUCUUAUGUGGAAUGGGUAAACAAAUAUUUAUGAUUGAUUGAGUGGAAAUAAUUGUAAAAAAAAAAUAAAAACAUGAUUUAA